AUGAGAUUUGGCUCCCAAUUUAUACGCUUUUCUCGUCAGCACGGAUACCGAAGUAACCCACUGCUGGAUUCCAGGGCAGGUAAUCUCCGGAUAUUGGGAGUUAAAUCCGUUGGAGGCAUUAUUGUCAAGUGGAAAGGGAAAGGAGCGAAGGCGAAAGACCGGACCGAGGUGAUUCUUUCUAGAUAUUCAGAUGAUAGCUGA